UAGUAAACACAAAAUAUAACGAAUUAUAUGGGAUUACUUGAUCAGUACAUUAAUAGUAGCUAUACAAUGGCAGUACUUGUGGUCGUUCUGAAUAUAUUUAUCCAGUCGUGCACCGCUGCUGUGAUACUAAACCAAUCUCUGACCACUGAUAAUGUACACCUUCCACCGAGAAAUUCCGACAUUUUACGACAAUUACUAAAUCAAGCGACGUUAAUACGGAUGUCAAUGAUGAAAGAUCUACAGACUCUCCAGAAGGAUCAUAGAAAACUCGAAAAAGAGAACCAGGCAAGGGAGAGAGAAUUCAAAGAUCUGACGUUCGAAAUUGAAGAAUUAAGGAACGAAACAAUUUCCCUGAAAAACUUGAAUGUAAACUUGACCAAUGAAGUCACUGAUUUGUUGAAUGAAAAAGACAAAACUGAGAAAAUUGUAAUUGCAAGAGAUAGAAGUAUAGAUGAUAUGGAGAAAAAAAUUGAGGAAUUAUCCAAAAUAAGUUCUUUAUCAACCCAAGAUGUUAUCAACAAUAUAACAGAUAUCAGAUACCAGUUAUCUGGUUAUCCUGACCUUCUUGUACAAGCAGCAUGCGCAGGACAUAGCAAGACCCCAGGGCACGUAGCAGCUGUGAGGAGAACGUGUUCGAAUGAGGCUCCUUCCUGCGAUACAGUUUGUAAAUCAGCCACGCCCCAGAUGAAAGCUAGAGUGAAUGAGGGUUCGAAAGAGGCAACAUGUUUUAUGUCUUUCCACUUUUAUGAUGGUGAUAAGAAGAUUAAACCAGGUGUUGCGGGAAAAUUUAAUAGGCUCACGUACCGCUACACUCCCGGUGCUUGCUCGGGACAGUAUUGCGGUCCGAAUUUUUGCUGCUGUAGAUAUUAAUUAACUUUAUAUCAGAAGAAAAACUGAUUGAAAUUCUUCGGGACUCCGCCUACGAGACCUGUGUUACAUUUUUUAUUGGGUUUCGCUGUUGGAUUUAAUUAGACAUGUACAUGAUAAAAAAAAAGUUGCCGGGUAUUCUUUUUAAAAGAAGAAAGGCUUCUCUUAUUUGUCAAGUAUGCAAUAUUGUUAUAUUAAACAUUAUAGACUGUCAAAGAAAAGUUUGAAUUAAGUAAAUUUCUAUUUAUUUUAAUCAUCUUUGAAUAUCUCUAAAAGUCAGAUACAUUUAUAAAUUUCUAAACAUUGCUGUUUUUGCCUCAUAUUUAUCAGAUAUGUAAAUCAGCAAAUAAAGGUUUGUGUUUUUAAUACGAGGGAUGAUCCAAAAGUAACUUCACAACUCCUUUAAUUAAAAAUCGAAAGUUGUCAAUAAAAUUCAUAUAUAUAUAUAUAUAUAUCCCCUUUGCCUUAAAAUUUCAUUCAUUAAAGCAAUAUUUUUUUUUAAAAUACUAAGAUAAACACAGCGUUAGGUCUCGUCUAUCGCCGCAGUGCAGUACUUUUGGACAACCCACAUAUGUUGUUUGUAAAUGCCAUUUUUUCUUUGUACUACAUUUUCACUCUUAUCAAAGAUCGGGACAGUUCAGAAGGACGUUUUUCGCGGGUAAGACAAGAGUUAUAUGUAACUCACUGUGAAGAACGUAAUAGAUUGUUUUCCAGGGAGCCCAAGAUAUAUUUUUUUUCAAGUUUGCAUGUUUAGUACUUUGAAAAAAUACCGGUGAUCCAAAUGAUUUAAAACAAAAUUUGGAAAACUACAAAAUGUAUCCAAUUCCAGAUGAAGGAGAAAUCAUUGCACCAGUCCUUGCAAAGGCUUACCAUAAAUGUAUAAUCAAAUACGAACAUUCCUUAAGGAAAACAGGUAUCAUAAGGAGUUUUAGGAUUGCCGCUCUCGUUAACAUAUCUCUCUCUCUGUUUUUGUUUGAUCAAAGAUGAACAAAACAAUUUCAAAGGUUAUCAUGGGUAUGUGUCUUAUAAUACUGUAAUAAAAUGAUCCAACGUAUCAACAGAACAUCGAAAUUUAGAUUGUGUCAUGAUGUGGUACUUUUUUUGAUGUUAUCAAUACUUUUUAAAUCAGAGUGAAACCUUUGGCAGAAUUCGAACGUACUAUAACUUUUAGGGGCGGUGCUUAGCCUUACAAUAGCUUAGCCUUACAAUAUUCCUUGCAAUGUUCUGUACAAUAACUUACAAACUAUGAAAUUAAACAAAAAAAAAAUA